AUGGGGAUUUGGGGUGCAAAUAUCGCGAUACAGAGCCCGCCCUCGGCCCCGCCGUGCCGGCCCCGCUCCCACGUGGUGUUCCUGAAGACGCACAAGACGGGCGGCAGCAGCCUGGUGAACCUCCUGUCGCGAUACGGGGAGUCGCGACGGCUGCGCUUCGCCCUCCCGCACCGGUACCAGUUCGGGUACCCGGCGCCGUUCCGCGCCGAGCGCGUGCGCGGCUUCGGGCCCGGGGCGCGCUUCGACAUCCUGUGCCACCACAUGCGCUUCCACCUGGCCGAGGUCCAACGAGUGAUGCCCAACGACAGCUUCUACUUCUCCAUCGUGCGCGACCCCGGCACUUUGGGCGAAUCCGCCUUUUCCUAUUUCCGCGCCGCCGCUCCGGCUUUCCGCAACUCCCCCUCCCUGGACGCUUUCCUGGCUUCCCCUUCCAGAUUUUUCCGCCCCGGAAUCCGCGGGAAUCACUACGCCCGGAACCUGCAGUGGUUUGAUUUUGGGCUUCCCGAGCCGACAAAUCCCGAGGAAAUCCCGAAAAUUUUGGCGCGCCUGGAGCGCGUUUUCCCGCUGGUGCUGCUGGCCGAGAGCUUCGACGAAUCCUUGGUGCUGCUGCGGCACCGCCUGUGCUGGCCCCGCGAUUCCGUGGAUUUAUUCCCUCACAACUCCCGCGGAUCCCGCCAGGUUUCCCCCGCUCAGAUCCGGCGUCUCCGCGCUUGGAAUUCCUUGGAUUGGGCUCUUUAUUCCCAUUUCAACCGCACCUUCUGGCGCCAGGCCGAGGAGUUCGGCUUGGAGCGGUUGAGCCGCGAGGUCGCCGAGAUCCGGCGGCGCCGGCGGUUCCUGGCGGGGAAAUGUUUGAGGGGAGGGGGUCCAGUCCCAGCUCAAGCCAUUCCCGAUGGGAAUUUGAGGCCGUUCCAACCUCCUGGAGGGGGGAAAAUUUUGGGAUUCGCGCUCAAGGAAGGGUUGGGAGAGGAGGAGCGCGAGCUCUGCGGGCGUUUGGCGAUGCCCGAGCUGCCCUACAAGGAUCUGCUGGAGCGGCGCCAGUUCGGGGCUCAGAACGGCACCGCCAGGUGAAAUUCCCAAAUUUUUUGUGGAAUUCCCAGUUUGGGGGGAAAAAAAGGAAAAAUCCCCAGGAAAUUCUGUUGGGAAUUGAGGAUUUUGGGGGUGGGAGCGUCCCCUGGGCUUCGGUUUUUUGUUGGAGGAGAGCUGGAAAAUUCC